CGUGAAUAUCCUCGCACCUGUCAGAUGCCUUCUUUGGUGCAGUCAUGGGCUCUGCCCGCUGCUCUCUUGGCAAUCGUGAACAUCACGGCUACGUGGUAUAAUCUGGUCUCCCAGGAAGUACCACAACCAUACCUGGAUGAAUACUUUCAUGUGCCACAAGCCAAAAAGUUCUGCAAAGGGGACUACUCGUGGGAUCCAAAGAUCACGACUCCACCAGGCCUCUAUCUCAUUACAAAGCUUCUUGAGCCUUUCCUUGGGUGCGAGACGUCUUCUCUUCGAACCCUGAACGCCAUCGCGCUUUGCAUCAUCUGUCCUUUGAGCUAUGGUAUACUCCGUAUGCUUCGUACUCGCACCACCCCAGGACAGCUAGGCCAGGCAGUGAACAAGACGACCACAGAACAACCUGCUUUAGACGAUCAAACGGUUGUACACGAUGCUCACUCUGCUCUCAAUAUUGCCCUGUUCCCUCCUCUUUUCUUCUUUUCUGCAUUGUACUACACAGACAUUACGUCGACCUUAGUAGUGCUCUUAAGUUACAGCGCACUCUUGAAGAAACAGAGCCCAGCUGGAAGUGUCUUGGAGAACAUUAACACAGUCUUCAUCGGUGCCAUGGCUCUUCUGUUCCGACAAACCAAUAUCUUCUGGGUGGCAGUUUUUCCUGUCGGCCUCGCAGUGAUCGAUGCUCUCAAGAAAAGUGGUCCUCCAUCGAACGGCCCAACAAAGGAGGGUGUGGUAUCGGCCCUUUCAAAGAGCUGGAGUGAAUGUGUGAUCUAUGAUUGCUCCGUUAACGAAGCUGAACCCCAAGAUUACGUCCUUCUUGUCUUGUCGACCGCGAUUGUAGCUGUGAGAAAACCUUUACUGGUACUCCAAGUCGCUGUUCCAUACUUCGUCCUCUUAAUCCUUUUUGCUGGUUUCGUAGCCUGGAACGGCAGUGUCGUCCUCGGCGACAAAUCGGCUCAUACCGCAACUGUUCAUCUUCCACAAAUGCUCUACUUCUGGCCGUAUAUCGUCUUCUUUUCGCUUCCAUUGGUAAUAGGGCUGUUGUUCAAGCCCAUGGCUCCAUUCUUACCUAAGCAACUGAAGACGAUAUGUAACGACGGUUCAGUUGACGUGCCGAAAUCAACAGUUCCAGGACUCUUGAUGCCUGGGUUGUUCUCUGUAGGCGCUUUGGCUGCGGUGCAUUUCAACACUAUUGUACACCCGUAUACUUUGGCUGACAACCGACACUUUGUGUUUUAUGUCUUCCGUAUCAUCAGGCGACACCCUGCGAUCAAGUAUCUGGCAGUCCCAGUAUACACUAUCUGUGCAACACUAACUUUGCAAUCUCUUUGUCCGUCCCCUGUCAGUAAAAAGGAGGCCAAGCAAAAGCAUGGUGUUCGUCCUACCAGCGACUGGAGUAACCGCGACCGGAGUAACCGCCAGCCUUGCCAAGUCAGCUUCAUUACAAUCUGGUUGGUAACAACCACCCUCUCCGUAGUUUCAGCUCCUCUCGUAGAGCCUCGUUAUUUCAUCAUCCCGUGGAUCAUCUGGCGACUACACGUACCAUCUGCACCAGCUUCACUUUCGAGAGGUACACCGACGAACACGAAAGCUGCAUACGACCUACGCCUAGUUUUCGAAACACUCUGGCUUCUUGCUAUCAAUGCCGCUGUGUCAUACAUGUUCCUUUAUCGGGGGUUCUUAUGGCCUAGUGAACCUGACAGCAUCCAACGAUUUCUUUGGUAGCAUUGGAGAACGCCCACCCACGCUACCAACCGCGUCGAAUCAUCACUGAUUGCACGACAUAUUAGAAGAAAACGACUGGAGAUUCAGGUUGCCAUAACACUGGUCCACAGACAUAGCAACCCGUCAGAAGACUUUGCUGUGCGUCCAGUUCAGCGAUGCGUCACCUCGAAACAGGCUUGCUAGACAACACCAACAUAUACCACAACAUAUAGAUCACGUUACUGUAGCUAGCGACCGUUUCCCAAGAACUGGUGUUAAUCGAAAUCGAGUUGCGAUCCAACAAUUUCACCCUAAGAUAGUAAAACACAUCGUCCAGACUUUAGCAGCGGAUGACCAGCUACAGUAGUGAUCUCUUUCAGCUAUAUCUGUUGAUGCCCAAGUCUGAGAAUCGCAUUGAAUAUUCCA